AUUAAAUAUAAUCAUCAACUUCGACCGGAAAUUUGUACUCCUAACAAUCAACAUCAAUUAAUCAGUCUAUUAAAACAAGAAAAUGAACGUCAAACACGCUUAGUUAAAUUAUUACAUAAAAUGAAGAAUAUACAGUUACAAAUUAUCCACAAAAGUAGAUUAUUGUUUAGUCAACGUUUAUCAUGUUUAACCGAUUAUUUAUUGAUUCGAUUUGAUAAACUUAUCGGAUCAGAUCAAAUUGAUCAUUCAACAAACAUUGAUCGCGGCGAUUCAGUGCAACAAAACAAAUUAAUGUUGCACAAUUCAAACAAAUCAUUCACCACUAAUCAUCCACAUGACAAUCAAUUGACACGAACCAACAACACAGCAGAAGAAGAAAAUCUAGAUCGUGGUAAACGAACAUGGGAAGGAGUGAAAUUUUCCGAACUUAUUCAACCAACAAAUAAUAAUUUAGUAUCAAAAUUCAAUUUCACCAAAUUAAAUGCAAAUAAAUUACAAAAAUCUCCAAUGAAAUCAUUGCAAUUUAGUGAAAAACAAUCCAUGUUAAAAACUGCACGACCUAUUUCAAAUAUGAAUAAAACGUCUGUUGUCGAAGAUUUGCAUGAAACAACAAUGGAACAACAAGAUAAUUAUGCUGAUGAUGAAGAUUAUUGUAUAGUCAGUGCAAAAACCACUGAAGCGCAUAAAUCCACUUUGAAAUCACGUGAUAUUGCUGUUACAGUAAGUUU